CGAGCAUCGAUUGCGUGUGUGAGUGAUCCAGCGUUCUGCAGAUGAGACAUCCUCGCAAAGUGCUCAGAGUUGACUUCUCUUCCUUGUUUGACUCUGGGAUGUCUCUAAAAUGAUCGGCUUUCAGGGUCUUUCAGACCUGCCCAAGGUGAGAAUCAGGUCUGAAAAGGUCUUCUUGUCCUGAGCUGUCCCCACAGGAACCACAGCAUUGCUGCUGAUGGCUGCUUUGUUGUCGCUUGCUUAUUUGCCUGCUACUACUCCCAGUUCACUUUGCCACCAUGCCAAGAAGGAAACUACAACGGGCUCAGGAGUCUGCUGAAGCCACAGCUGCACGCCGUGAGGCUAAUCGACUACGUGCCCAACAGAUCAGAGCUUUGGAAUCACCUGCUGCCGCAGCUGCACGCCGUGAGGCAAAUAGACUGCGUCAACAAAAGGCCAGAGCUCUGGAAUCACCUGCUGCUGCAGCUGCACGCCGUGAGGCUAAUCGACUGCGUAACCAACAGGCCAGAGCUUUGAAAUCAAAUGCUGCCACAGCUGCACACCGUGAGGCUUAUCCACUGCGUCACCAACAGACCAGCACUUUGGAAUCACCUUCUGCCACAGUUUUUCCUGUGGAGCUAUGGCAGCUUUCAGUGAAUGAAGAAGAGGUUUCCACUGAGCAGCAGGAGAGGGGCUCCAGUCUGAACCUAGAUAUUACUGAGCCUCCACAGACUAAAGAGGAACCAGAGGAACUGUGGCGGGGUAGUAAGGAGGAAGGAAUCAGCAUGUCCACUUUGGUUCCUGUCUCUGUGAAGACUGAAAAAGAUGAAGAUGAACCCCAGUCCUCACAGAUUCAUCAAAGUAAAACUGAACAUGUUGAAAGAGGAGCUGAUGAAGAUGACUGUGGAGGGGCAAGAGCAGCCAGGCACUCUGAUCCAGAGAGAGAUUUACAACCAGAGUCUGAGGUCACGGUUGAGGACUCCUCUGAGGCUGAGACUGAUGACAGUGCUGAUUGGGUGUACACAACAGACCACCGGCCAGGUUUAACCUCAGUGGAAAACAUCAAAAAUAAGAGAAGAAAAACUGAUAAAAAGUCAUAUCACUGCUCUGAGUGUGGUCAAAGAUUUACCCGUCAAAGCAGUUUGAACAGCCACAUGACAAUGCACUCAGGAGAGAAACCCUUUGGUUGCUCUGAUUGUGGUCAAAGAUUUACCUACAGACAGAGUCUUGCUUAUCAUAUGAGAACUCACACAGGAGAGAAACCCUUCCACUGCCAUAUGUGUGGCAAAAAAUUUCACUUUAAAAAUACUUUGAAAAGACAUAAGAUUAUUCAUACAGGAGAAAAACCCUAUGUCUGCUCUGAGUGUGGCAAAAGAUUUACCUGUCAAAGCAGUUUGAACAGACACAUGACAGUUCACUCAGGAGAGAAACCCUUCUUCUGCCAUACGUGUGGCAAAAAAUUUCAGUCUAAUACUACUUUGAAAAGACACAAGAUUAUUCAUACAGGGGAGAAACACUUUGCCUGCUCUGAGUGUGGUAAAAGAUUUACCUAUAAACAUAGUUUGAAGGGCCAUAUGGCAAUACACUCUGGGGACAAAGCCUUCAACUGCUCUGAUUGUGGUCAAAGAUUUAACCAUAAACAUCAUCUAAAUAAUCAUAUGAGAAUUCACUCAGGAGAGAAACCCUUCAGCUGCUCUGAGUGUGGUAAAAGAUUUACCUGCCAAAGAAGUUUGACCAGACAUAUGACAACGCACUUAGGAGAGAAACCCUUUGGCUGCUCUGAUUGUGGUCAAAGGUUUAACUAUAAACAUCAUCUAAAUAAUCAUAUGAGAAUUCACUCAGGAGAAAAACCCUUCAGCUGCUCUGAUUGUGGUCAAAGAUUUAACCGUAAUGAAAGUCUGACCAGACACAAGUUAGUUCAUGCAAGACUGAAACUCUUUAGCUUCAGUGACUGCAGCAAAGGAUUAAGCCUUAGAGAUCAAGUGCCGACGCAUCAGAGAACUCACACGGCAGGGAAACCUGUGGUUCUGAUUACAAACCCUUCAGCUGCUCUGAGUGUGGUCAAAGAUUUAACCACAAACAGAGUCUGUCUUAUCAUAUGAGAACUCACACAGGAAAGAGACCCUUCCACUGCCAUACAUGUGGCCAAAAAUUUCACUUCAAACAUACUUUGACUAGACACAAGAUUAUUCAUACAGAAGAGAAGUCCUUUGUCUGCUCUGUGUGUGGUCAGAGAUUUACCCGACAAAGUUCUGUGAGGAGGCAUAUGAUAGUUCACAGUGGACAGAAACCCUUUGUCUGCUCUGAGUGCGGUAGAAGUUUCAGACUUAAAAGUAAUUUGAUCAGACACAGGAAAACCCAUACAAGAGAGAAACGCUUGAGUUGAUCUGAGUGUGGACAGAGGGUUCACAAAAGAAACUGUCUUUCCAGGCAUAUGUUAGUUCACACAAAAGAAGAGCUCUUCAACUGAUUUAAGUGUAGAAAGAGAUUUAGCCUUUAAAGCAAUUUGAACAGGUUCUCUGACCAGACAUACUUUACGAUAGUUCACACUAAAAAAUACAGAAAAACUCUUUACUCACUUGUGUUAAAAGAUUCUCUGACAAGACUUAUCUUGCUCCUGAAAGAUUUCAGAAACUAUUUUAAUGCAAUUAUUUUGAUCAAAGGUUUAUCAGCAAAUGAACCCUGUUUCAUUCUCUUCCAGUGUUACCCCUGGAAGUGUAGGGGUGAAAUCUAUUUAUGUUAUAUGGUAAAACAGGUUCGCUGUUAACUUGAGAGAUUAAUCAUUACUUUGUAUUUUCGUUUAAAUGUCUCUCCCCCUUUUUAGUUGUUAUCUCUGAUUCACCCUGAGUUAUUUACCGUCUUUUGUUAUUGUAAACUUAUUUUAUUUAUGUAAAUACAUUGUGUUAUUGUUUAAUCUUUGAAACUUAGUCCUGUGGUUUCUUGAGAAAGGUGUGAAAUGGGUCAUUUUCAUGGCCACACUGAGACGAGGCAUAACACUGUAAUCAGGACUAGCCAGGAAACUGAUUCUGAGAGAUAAUUACAACCAGAGAAUGGGGUCAUGACAGAAGACUCUUCUGAACCAGAGAUGAAAGACUGUGAUGAUACUUGUAAGGAGACUAGAUAACAUUAGUUAUGAAUAUUCUUUUGUGAUGGCAUAUAACACUGCUGAAACACCACUCAGAGUCUCACAGAGAGAAACUAUAUUAAUGAUGAAAUACUUUGUUUAACUCUUACAGGCAUUCAUGGUCUUGCUUUAACAAAAGACCUCCACAAGGCCUCUGUUUUCACCCUGCAUCAGCAGACACAUCACCCCCUUUCCUUUCAGCUUUUUUUUUUUACA